UCACCAAAGCGCAGCGAAAACCCUUUUCCGUCGUUUCUGCCCCCGUUUCCUCCCUCCCCCGCCUAACCAAAGCCAGCGCCUCUCCGGGAGCUGCAGAUUACAUAUAUAUUUCUUUUAUCUGGUAUCGCAGUCUUAUGAUGGCCCGCAAAAAGCGCCUGAUGCAUAUAACAUCUUCCAGCGCCAUAGUUCCCAUCGCAGAGCCCGGCGACAAGGGCAGAGUUACUAGGUCCCGAUCCCGAGCCAAUGCUGCAGAUGUGCAUACUGAAACAUGCUCCUUGCCCGACAGCUUCAAACCAAGGAAGAGAGGUCGUGGGGAGGCGGCCGCUGCUGCUUCGCCAUCCCCAAAUGCGAAAGGAACUGAGGAAGGUUUAGAUGGUGAGCAGUCUUUUGGUCGUGGGGAGGCGGCGGCGGCUGCUGUUGCUGCUUCAUCAUCCCCAAAUGCGGAAGGAACUGAGGACGAUAUAGAUGGUGGGCAGUCUCAUGGUCGAGGGGAGGCGGCUGCUGCUGCUUCUCCAUCCCCAAAUGCAGAAGGAACUGAGGAAGGGUUAGAUGGUGAGCAAUCUUAUGGUCCCAUUAAGGAGGAAGCUCGUGGUGAUGACGAUCAUGGUGCUAUUGUCGUGGUGGAUGAUCCUAGCGAUCACGAUGUUAUUGUGAUGGCGGAUGAUCAUGACGACCCUAAUGAUACGAGCAACACCACCUCUGGUGGCAAUACCAGUAACCGUUGUGGCGGUGAGGAUAAUACCGGAACUUCCUUGACGGGUUCCGCUGCCUCACAAGAAUCUUUAGAAACGAUUCAAACGACUUUGCAGGAGGUGGCGAAUGUCAUGUCUGCUAUCACUAACUUAUUGGAGGAAGUUCAACCUAUAUCCCAUGCAUCUCCGACGGAGGCACCCUCUUCACCCAGCAGCUUGCAGGAAUAUUCUAAAGAUUCCGCAAAUUGUUCACGAAGAAAGCGAGGCCCUACUCGAGCCUUGGAUGUACUUUUGCUGCCAAAGGGUCAAAAAAUUAAAGUGAUGAACAAUGAGCUUGGGCAAGCAAUUGGGGACAAUGCAAACAAACUCUCAAGUUUCAUGGGCACAAUAGCCCGUAAUGGAUGCAUUGCACCUCUUACUUACAAAGAUUGGAGAAUGAUGCCACAGAUAUACAAGGACAAAAUGUGGAAUUGUCUUCUGGAAAAAUUUGACAUCGACAAAUGCAUGAGGCGUUGGGUCAUGAUGUCUUUGUCAACAAAAUGGAAAAAUUGGAAGUCUAGUCUUAAGAAGGAGCACUAUGACACCCAUGAAACUGAUGAGGAGCGACUAGCAGACUGUGACGAACGGGUUUUGCCAGAUCAAUGGACAGCACUGGUGCGCUUUUGGAGCUCGGAGGAGGGAGCAAAAUUGUGCGAAAGAAACAAAGCUAAUCGGGCAAAACAAACUUGCAUCCAUACAACAGGCACAAAGAGCUUUGCACGUAUACGUGAAGAGGAGAAAGCUCGGACAUCAGAUGGGGCAGAGCCUAGCAGAGUUGAGUUUUUCAUAAAAACCCAUCAGAAAAAGGGUGGCCAACUCGUGGAUGAUAAAGCAAGCAAAAUAAUUGCAGAGUUCAACAGACUGUUGUCUGAACUUCCAGUGGAAUCACAAGACAGAACAACUAAAGAUAAUAUUUUUGCCCAAGUCAUGGGAAGAGAUCAAUAUGGGCGUGUGAGAACGUAUGGGCUGGGUCCUGUUCCAUCUGACUUUUAUGGUCCAAACCCAAGCCGUGCUGAAUCGGCUGCAAGAUCUGCAAUGAGAGCAGCAAUGGCAGAACAAAUGAUUAAUGAUCUACAAAAACAGAUAGAACAAAUGCAGCAAGAGAACCAGAAUUUGCAGCAAAAGAACCAGAACUUGCAGCAAGAGAACCAGCAGUUGCGCCAAGAGAAAGAAAAAGCAAAACAAGUGGAAGAAAAAAGUACUUUAGAAAAGCAGUUGGAAGAAAUGUGGCAGGAAAACCUACAGCUGCUGCUGGGAAAUGAUAAAUUGAAAGAGGCAGAAAAAAAGAUAAGUAAUCUACGAAGGCAGAUGGACGAAACAUCACAAGAAAACCAACGGUUGCAGCAGGAGAAUGAAAAAAUGAAAAAACAGAUAAACAAAAUGAUGGAUAUCUUGACGAAUGUCCAGUAAGACAGUCCUCGUGUUGUAAAGUGAAAUUGCUAUUUGUGUGCAAAAUUUGGAUGCAAAAUUACCAAGCAUAGUUGUGUAGACGGGCACUGUUUCAGUUAACUGACGGCAUUGCCAGCCAAACAUUGUGGUAUGCUUGUAUAUUUCUUCUUUCAUCACA